AUGGCCAUCCAUUCUUCAUCUGGGAGCUCUAUGGAUCUUACACUCGAAGCACCCGUGAGCAUCGACCCAACUUUUCACUACAAGGUACAUUUUCACCCGACACCAAUCAAUAAUUUGACAGCUGCAAUGCUCGCAUUAGCUACGGCAGUGAGCCUUGCUCAAACUGACGUGCAGGCCUCACUUUCCGACCAAACAUUUAGACUGCCGGAUCCCAAAUUUCGUGAUGUGCAGAUAAUCCUACGUUCACCCUCUCAAGCGAUAGAAGGUAAAGUUGUUCUAUGGGGUAUCUUUAGUCUAUUGUCAGAGCUCGUCUUGAAUCGACCUUCCUUCACCAAAUCAGCGAUCGAAUUGCUCCUCGGGGAAGAGACUAAAGGACUCAUUGUCAUUGAACCUGCGACAGCUAGUGAUUACACAUUAGAGCGAAGGGGAACUGAACCGACCAGCAACGUGACCUUCUGGCCUCCCAAUCUAUCUACUCUGCCGUACCCUGAGAAGUCAACGACGCUGCCAAGUAUUUUACACUCUAAUGAUCAUUUAAAAGUCGCAACGCAUCUGCUGAGCGAUUCCCACUGGAUCGGUCAAGGCCGGAUCUUUGUUGGACUUAUCAACGCAAUUAUAGGUUUGAGUGAGCUGAAUCCUUUUCAAGCAUCGGUCAUAAUCCGCUUUCGAAACCGGCCUGCGAACAUGGGUGUUGAGGUCUCACCACCAGGCGGCGGACCGAGGCGAACAAGGCCUUUUAAUACGAGGGCAGAUUCGAUCUCGACACUUAGCCGUAUUCCUGGUUGGAUGCUCCAGACAGGACAUUGGAUGUCCGUUGGUGCGGAGGCAUAUGUGGACACUACCUGGGUUUCCUCAUGGGUAAUAGCGGACCAUGAUCUUCAAGUUAAGGCGCAGGGGGCAGAGAGCGUCUUGUAA